GAGGAGGAGGAGGACGGUCGAGGAGAAGAGGUACAGGCGUGUUACCCCAGAUGAAUCACAGAGACGGAGCCAUGCUCUGAGCAAUACCUCGGUUUUUGACCUGACAUUCAUCCAGACUUCUGCCCGUCCGUCUGGAGUGAAUCCAUCCUUGGGAUCUUGUGUUUGCACCUUCAGUAGAAGCUGUAGAUGCUGGAACGAAGGCAACAUGAUCGACUACGAGCGUCCCUCUCCAUUAGGCUUCGGGCCGGCUGGGAGGAGUGUGUUGGUUCCUGAGAUCCCGCUGCACACACAUACGCACAUGCUGACUGCCAUGCCUCAGAGAUACUCCCACCAGAGGAGGAAAGCCAGCACAGCGGCUGCUAGGAGGAUGGAGAGGAGACGCAGGGAUCAGGGGAAAAGCAGCAACAGCAACCCAACCAGCAGCCACAAUCACCGCUCCAAGAAGCUGGCCAUGCUCUCCAGGUCCCUGAUCCUGUGUCACUCUAAGACUAAUGAUGACUGUCCAGAAGAGAGGCAUGCUGGGAAAGUGUCAGACGGGUGCAGGACAUGGAGUCCAGGCUGGACAACAGACGUGACCGCUGGGGAUCAAACACAGUACAGAGACACAGACAGCAAGCACUGGAGGACGAGCCAGCAGUCAAUCCUGGAGAAAAGAGGGGGCAGUGAGGCAGAUAACCUGGAGCAUCAUUCCACCACACUCAGGGAGAGUAAAAGGAGCAUGAGGAGGUCCUUCAGCAUCAAGGAGAGUAGUAUCUGGAGGAUGUGUGUAGCCACAGCGCCUGCUGAGGACGUGUGUGGACCACAAAAGGCUGAUAACAGCGUCCAGACAGAGGACAAAGAAGCUAAUGUGGAGCCAGGAAGGAAUGGAGGGAACGUUCACAGAGGCUGCAGCUUCCUGAGCCCAGACAAGCUGGCACCCUUUAACGGACAGAUUCUAAACGGCAGUGCUCGGAUGGCGGGGGAGGACUUCUCCACAUGUGAAGACAAUCUCCAUUCACACAGUCUGACAACAGGCCCACAGCAUCCAGCUCUCACACCUGAUCAUCUGUCACUGCCUGGAUACACAGACGAGGAGCUCAUGGCCAACAACAACCAUCUGAAGUUACCCAUCCCAGAGGUAAACGAGGAGAGAUGCUGGGAAAUGGAGAAGACAGAGCAGAGCCCACCAGGACAGGUGGCCAGCAACUGGACCCGCUCCAGUUCAACCAGUGUUCAUCCUUAUUGGAUUGGGGAUCUGGACAGCAUCAUCAUGAAGACCCCAGAGCUGUACACAAAUCAUCCUCACGGGCCUGGUGGUUUAUAUGGAAACAGGAAGUCUCUGUCCCAGCAGCUGGAGUUUCCCCACACCGCCACACAGCCUGUGCCUCGUCCCUCACGCUCUCUCAGCUCAGCCCAGCUUGUACACUCCUGCAGCAACGUGCAGGCCUUCAUAAUCUGUAACAUUGUGCUGAUGAAGGGCCACGGCAAGGGUCUGGGCUUCAGUAUAGUGGGCGGGAGGGACAGCAUGUAUGGACCAAUGGGGAUCUAUGUGAAGACCAUUUUCCCAGGAGGGGCAGCAGCUGCUGACGGACGGCUGCAGGAGGGUGAUGAGAUCCUGGAGCUCAAUGGAGAGUCACUACAUGGUCUGUCUCAUGAUGAAGCGCUGCACAAGUUCAAACAAAUCAAGAAGGGCCUGCUGACUCUGGUGGUGCGGACCAGCCUGCGGGUGGGAGCUCUGUGUGGGCAGACGCAGGUGGCUCAGCUGUGCAGGUCACGCUCCCUCAGCUCCACCACAGGCAUGGCCAGGGUCAGCGCUGACAUGGGCGACUGCAACUACCUGACCAACAACUGCAGCAACACAAUGAGCAUCUCGGGUCAGCCUGCUAAACCCAGAGACCGCAUCAUGAUAGAGAUCAUCCUGCAGAAAGAGGCUGGUGUUGGUCUCGGUAUUGGACUGUGCUGUGUUCCAUCUGCUGAUGGAUGCCCUGGGAUCUACAUCCACACCCUCUCUCCUGGAUCUGUAGCACACAUGGACGGUAGACUCAGGUGUGGUGAUGAGAUCAUGGAGAUUAACGACACUGUGGUUUACAACAUGGCGCUGAAUGACGUCUACACAGUCCUGAGCCAGUGCACACCAGGUCCAGUCCACAUCAUCAUCAGCCGACAUUCAGAUCCCAAAGUAUCAGAGCAGCAGCUGAAUGAUGCGAUCGCUCAGGCAGUGGAGAACAGCAAACUGAGGAAAGACAAGAGCCAGUGGAGCAUUGAUGGGGAAAAAUGCUUGCGAAGGCUGGAGCCCUCCUGUCACAGCCGGCAGAGAUGUGAGCGUUGUAUGGAAAGGAGUUUCAGUCAGCUGACGGUUCGACGACCACAGAAGACCAUGACCCGCUCCUGCAGCGACAACACCAAUGGCCACCACCACAACCACUGCUUCACCAUCCACAGUCUCCACCACAACUCACACCAUAACCCUUCAGCCCGCGUCCACAGCUUAGACACACCCAAGUCUAUGACAGAGACAUGGUCUGACAACAGGCUGUCAGUGCCCGUGUAUCCUGAUGAAGACUACAAUAUCCCGUACAACUCUCCUGCUGCCAACCUGUCCAGUCAACAGACACUGGAUCUGGCCUUCAGGGGCACCAAGUCCAGGAUGCGAGCUGCUCCACGUCGGUACUGCUGGCCUCAGGAUGUGACCAGUGAGGAGGGUUAUAAUGGAGACUCCAGCGGCUCCAGUAGAGGAUCUCCAGUGAGAGAUGAAGGACUGGAGGCCUUAUCACCGAGCAGCUGCCAGCAGGAAGGAGAACGAAAAAGAGAACAGUCAGAGGAGUGCAAAGAAGGUUUCACUCAUCCAGACACUGCAGCCUGCACGACCGACAGACUACACCCAGGAGAUUCAUCAGCUGUGUUCUGCUCACAGCCAAAGAGAGGAGCCCUGAGGAGACAGGCUCAUAUUGACCAACAUACCCAAGAGCAGCUUCAGGAUCCCUGGGUUCCCCUUUCAGAAAGCUCCCCUGAAGAGCUGUCUGAGAUCCACCACCAUCACCGGCACCACAACCCUGCAGACAGGUCGCCGCCUACAACCGUCCACAGCCAGCCCGCCAUCAUGAGUGACGAAGAGAACACCACCGAGCUCAAUGGCACAACAACAGACGUAGCUUCAGAUCCUCCUGGUGACAAAAGUUCUGAAAACACAUCUGAAACUCCUCCAGAAACAAAGAAGGGGCCCCCGGUGGCACCCAAGCCUACCUGGUUUCGACAGAGUCUAAGGAAAAUUCGGAAUGAGCAGGACCAGAAGAAGCAAGACAUACAACAUAAUAAAACAGCAGAGCAGAGGCCGACUGGAGGCUUUACCAGAAGCUUUGGGGGCAGGUCUGCCUCAUCAACAGCCAACUUGUCAAUCAAACAAAAGAUUCACUCAUUUGAGACUUUCUCCAGUCCAGAGGGUCCAGAGAAGGGGGACACCAGGAGGCCUGUGGCUCCAUCUACCUCCCUUCCUCCGGUGGAGAAGGAGUCCAGGAGUCACACAGCCCCACAUGUAGAUAACAGGAAGGGCAAAGAGGAAAUACCCAAAGAGAUCCAGCCAAACCAAUCGGCAAGUGUAAGGAUGACAGACAACACAGCUGUGUCUGCUGCACCCUCUGCUGUCACCUCCUCCCCGUCUGAAGCUGGUGGUCCAACGGCCGAGUCCUCUGAAGAUGAACCUCCUCCAGCCCAGUCCCCCACAGAAGUCCCCCUCUCUGACAGAACAAGCACUGCUCUGGUCUCAGGCAUACAGGAUUCUUAUGAUGACAGGAAUGUCUUACCAUCGCAGCAAGAGUCUGAGAGAGACAGAGAAAAUCUUAGCAGGACCACAGAGUCCGUGGUCCUACCUCCCGAGACACCUGUGAAAAUCAGUCAGGCUGAAGGUUCAAGUCCUGCGGAGGGGAUGGAGGAGGACGCAGCACAGAGCCAAGCACAGCUGGCGAGCACGACUCUGAGGGCUGCUCCACUGCCUGACACUCACCCCCUCAGAGGCCCGGAGGAAGAGAGUUUAGGGAAGAUCAUCGCCUUCAGUAACCAGGUUUCUCAAGCACUGAUGCGUUCUCUCCCCAUUCACCCCUGCCGUGGCACCUCAGACUCCUCAGACCUGCAGGAACCUGCAGUGGACUUAACAAACCCACGGGAGACUGAUUCCACCCAGGAGAGCUCAGACAGGGGAUUCUCUGUCAGCCUGGCGACACUGAGGGAGUGUACCAUCGAGCGAGGGGAGGGUGGAUCUCACGACGAGGCAGCAGUCACUUCUGUCUCUGUUCACUCUGUCAUCUCAGCCAUCCCGUCACAGGAAAUACAGAGGAUGGUGCAGGAAGUCAAAACUCUGGACGAAGAGACGCUGAAGCAACUGGUUGACAUCCACGUUGUGAUCCUGCAUAAAGAGGAGGGAGCGGGGCUGGGCUUCAGCAUUGCUGGAGGGUCUGACCUGGAGAGCAAAGCUCCUACAGUCCACAGAGUGUUUCCCAGCGGCCUGGCAGCUCAGGAGGGCACCAUUCAGAAAGGAGAUGAGGUGUUGUCUAUAAAUGGACAAACGCUGCGUGGCGUCACACAUGCUGAUGCAACCGGCGCUCUGCGUCAGGCCCGCGACCUGAAGCUGGCUGUGGUGGUGGUCUGCAAGAGAGCAGAGGAGGAGGGCAGAGAGGGAGGAGGCUGCAGGAGCACAGAGCCCAACCCUGCAGAGGAGGAGCAGGGAGCUCCAGUGAGUGUGGAGCUGGAGAAAGGAGCUGCAGGAGUUGGGUUCACUCUCGAGGGAGGAAAAGGUUCAAUCCAUGGAGACAAACCUUUAGUCAUCAACAGGAUCUUUACAGGUGGCGCAGCAGAGCAGAGCGGUCUGCAGCAGGGAGAUGCACUGCUGCAGGUCCAGGGUAUCAAUCUGCAAGACAUGACUCGCUUUGAGGCCUGGAACCUGAUCAAGAGUUUACCUGAAGGACCGGUCACACUGACGAUCAGGAAGCGGCAGGACAAGGCAGAAUGAACGGCCGCUGAAGAAUGAAGCGGGCAAAACAAACAGUGGCACUAGAGGCUCACCAAUGUCCACAUUUGUUGAAAAGGAUUUGGCCACAAGUAGAAUUCAUACUCCAAACUUAGGGCACCACAGCACCAGAGUAACUGCUAACUGCAAUAGAACAGAAAAGAAUUACUUUAUUGAUCCCAGACUGGGAAAUGAUUUAAUUUAAUUGGCAUUAGCUACUUAGCUCAGUUAGCCGGGCAGCUAGUGACUCUGCCUGGACUGGAAGUUCAGACUUUCAGAUUGUGGUCGUUACUAUCAGACCUUCAGCUCAUGAGGUACGCAGUGGCUCAGGGCUAGCUGAUCAAUAGAUAUCUCUGCAACACAACAUAUCACAACUAUUAUUCUGAGGACAUUCUGUUCAUUUUAAUACAUUUUUAAAUGGUUCAACUAAAAUUCUUACAUAGUGCACCUUGAACACAGAAAUCAGGGACCAGCCCACAUUAGACAAAGUGGUUCAGAGAAAAUCUGUGCAUACAAAUAAAUAAAUCAUACUCUCACAAAUAACUAACUGCUGUCCUUGUAUUACUAAAAUUGUGUUCUCAAACAUAAACAAUGGCGUUCAACUGCAAAAAGAUUUAAGUCCAAAGUGUAUCCAAAUAUUUUCAUGGCCUAAUUACCAAAUACAUCUGCUCACUGCUACAGGCUGAUCAGACGGUCAGGACAUGGACACCAUAUCUGCUCUUGUUUUGAUUUUACAGAGACAUGUGGGUAGACUGGUUCCCACUGCCUGUGUCACCUUUAACAACCUUUAAAAAUUAUAUUAACACGUGAAAUCGCUAUGUUCUGUCAUGAGCAUAAAGUAGCAAAAAGUAAUACAUAUGAAUUGAUUCAAUAGCUCAAUUGUGCAAACUGGUCAGUAUAUAGUUUGACUUUUUAUUUUAAGUGUAUAACAGUAAAAACUUGGUUGAGUAAAAAGGCAGUGACACUUCCAAUGUAAAACAUUAUUUUAAAAAUAUUAGUAAAAAACUCUGAAAAUCUUACACUGGAGGAAACGUAUUUCAGACCUUAUCUGAUACCACAGUGAUGAUGUAAAGCAGUUGUAUCCUCUCUUUACAUGACUGGCCAACAACAAGACACAAAUGAACCAUGUGAGCCUCUAUGAUCGCCUGACUUUAGCUAAUGAGAUGCAGGAUGUCCCUGAUUAUUGUCCCCUCGCUACAAAUCAGUCCACAGAAUGGUUCUGUCUGAUUUAAAUCAGACAUCUGCACACUCAAAGGAAAUGGAGGAACUACAGGAGAUACCAGCGCAGCUCAACACAGACGCCCAGCAACCAGACUGGACUGGAUCAAACUGGACUGAUGAAGGCUGACGUGCAUGUGAAGUCCAGACGUUCACUAGUUCUGUUUUGAUGCUCCUGUACUUUCAGCCUAUGAUGGUACAAAAACACAGAGUUGCAUCUAAAAGAAGAGUAUUGCACAGUAACAGGUAUAUUUUUCUUAGCAGUGGUAUUGUAUAUGUAAAACCAGACGAUCAAACCGUAGAAAGCACUUUGGUUGACUGAGCAGCUUCGAGUUUGACUCUCCUGCCUUUUAACAAAGUUGUCUGUCAAACCAAACUCAACUACCAUGUUUGAUUUUCUGUCUGAAUCUGAGCACACAAUGGGACAAUUUAAGCACAUGGAUGAAUUAAAUUCUCUGCUUUCUGCGUUCAACACUGUGGAUGUAUCUGCAUGAUUAUCAAUGAGACUGUAAGCAAAGGGCGAAUGAUCCUGCCUUUAACACGUCUGUUGCUCAAAGUAUUCUAGGUGAGAAUAAUUUCGCUACACAGUGUAACUUGUGUUCAUUUUUUGUGCGAGAAAUGUCCUGUUGUGCAGUAGGAAUGUCUUUGUAUGCAACCACAAAACAAAUGUUUUUCUAUGCUUACAGAACAGAUGUCAGAGUCACAGAAGUGUUUCAUCUGUUGUAAGAGCUCAAAAACUUGAAUAAAACUGUUGAAAACUGAGA